UCCUUUGGCACGAUUGGCUUUCCCAGAAGUGGAUAACAACGUGCUAAAAUUUCUGUACGAUGAUAACCAACGAGUUGAACCUGAAUGGUAUAUUCCAAUCAUUCCUAUGGUGCUGAUCAAUGGUGCUGAAGGCAUUGGGACUGGCUGGUCAUGUAAAGUUCCUAAUUAUGACAUUCGAGAAGUGGUCAAUAACAUUCGACGUAUGCUUGAUGGAGAUGAGCCAUUAAGAAUGAUUCCUAGUUACAAGUAUUUCAAGGGGACAAUAGAUGAACUAGGACAAAAUCAUUUCAUUAUCAAUGGAGAGAUAUCUGUUCUUAAUUCAACCACCAUUGAAAUUUCAGAGCUUCCUGUUCGGACAUGGACACAGACUUACAAAGAACAGGUUCUGGAGCCUAUGCUGACUGGCACAGAGAAGACUCCAUCACUCAUAACAGACUAUAAAGAGUACCACACGGACACCACUGUCAAAUUCAUCAUAACAAUGAGUGAACAGAAACUAGUGGAGGCAGAGGCUAUUGGUCUACAUAAAGUCUUCAAAUUACAAAGUCCUCUUUCUUGUAGCAAUAUGGUACUUUUUGACCAUGCAGGCUGCCUUAAAAAAUAUGAGACUGCAGAGGAUAUUCUAGACGAAUUCUAUCAAGUCAGACUGCGUUAUUAUGGUUUAAGAAAAGAGUGGCUCGCUGGCAUGCUGGGUGCAGAAUCUGCAAAACUAAACAACCAAGCUCGCUUCAUCCUUGAAAAAAUAGAAGGGAAAAUAGUGAUAGAGAACAAGCCCAAGAAAGAAUUAAUACAGGUUCUCAUUGAAAGGGGUUAUGAUUCUGAUCCAGUAAAGUCAUGGAAAGAAUCUCAACAGAAGGACAUUGAUGAAAAUGCAGAAGAAGAUACUGAUAAAGAAAAUGAAUCGACUGCAGCAGCCAGUGGGCCAGAUUUUAACUACCUUCUGAACAUGCCCCUCUGGUACCUAACAAAAGAAAAAAAGGAUGAAUUGUGUAAGCAGCGGGAUAAUAAAGAAACAGAGUUAGAAAACCUGAAACAGAAGGAUCCUACUGACUUGUGGCGAGAAGAUAUGGCUGCUUUCAUUCGGGAACUUGAUGUGUUAGAAGCAAAAGAAAAACAGGAUGAGAUGUUAGGAAUCCCAGGCAAGCCCAGCAAAGGGAAAGGAGGGAAAGCAAAAGCAAAAACCCUUCAGCUCCAGGAAAUCCUCCCUUCUCCCCAAGGGAGGAGAGUUAUCCCCCGAAUAACCAAUGAGAUGAAAUUGGAGGCAGAGAAGAAAUUAAAAAGAAAAAUCAAGACUGAAAAAAUUGAGCUUGACGAGAAUCAAGAUCUCCCAGGGACCAGCAAGGAACCGAUAAAUCUUAAACAAAGAUUGAUGAAGAAACUGAAAAUGGACUCAGGUGUCAAGACACAGUCAAAACUGUUGUUCAAGCCAAUAAAAAAAGCAAUGACAGUAAAUCCUUGGUCUGACUCAGAAGAUGGAAAUGGCUCUAAUGACUCUGAGCUAGAAUCUUAUGCGCAACACCACCAAGUGUCAGGCAAUCAGCCUUCUGUUCAGGAACCUUUCACUAAGAAAAAGGCAAAAACAAAACACAUCAAGCCUAAGAGUUCAGGUUCCAGUUCAGAUGACAACACCCAAAAGCUUACCAAAAUAAAGCAAGCUGCUAAAAGAAGGAUUUCAUCUUUCAGUAGUGAAGAUUCUGAUUCUGACUUUGUCCAAAGCCUUAAAAAAAGAAUAGCACUUAAGGAAUCCAAGAAUAUGGAUGAAACAUUUAUCGUUCAACUAAACUCCGAUGGGCUGUUUUCUAGUCCACCCAAGAUCCGUGGAAGAUCACUUCGCACUAAGAAGCUAGUUCAAUAUCUGGAGCAGUCGGAUGACGAAUAGUUGUAAUCUAACAACAAAAUAUAUUUGCAUUUCUUUGCACUAGUUAAAAUUAGUUCCUUGGUAAACAGAGAAUUGAUUCCAGAUAUUUUCUAUGGGCUAUCUGAUGGCAUAAAAUGUUAUUGUGGCUUUUUUCUAAUGCUGUAAAUAUUUUUCUUCGCUUCGUUUUUGAUAAGACCUAAAGUAAUAAGUAAUAAA